AUGUCUCAAGACCUUGGCGAUGCCGUGAAGGAUGUCUACAUCAUCUUUCGCAGCAGGUAUGGCAAGCUCUUUUGCAGCUCCGUGGACAAGAAACUGGUCCAAGGCAUGCGUGCCAUUGUGGAGUUUAACGGCUCCUUGGUCACACUUUCAACCCUCUAUGAGGGCCGCAUGUGCAAGCUGCCGCCCCUUGGAGACAACGAGGACUUCGUCCUCCGCGCGCUGGCGCGCAAUGGCAUGGCGUUGCAACAUGUCUCCAAGCGGCUGCAGCGCACCCGCAGGACGGUCUUAGCAGCAGUGGCCCAAAAUGGCUUGGCCCUUCAGUUCGCGCAUCCGGACCUUCGUGCUGAUCCGGAGGUCGUUUUGCCGGCCGUGGCCCAGAAUGGCAACGCCUUGUGCUGGGCUUCCCGGCUCCUCAGAAAUGACCCAAACAUUGCCUUCCAGGCGUUGGCUCUGAACGGAACUGCGAUCAACCACUUGGGCGAAGCCUUGCGGUCCGAUGCGAACCAAGUACUGCUGCAGGUGACACGCAACGAGGGCGUUGAGGAGUACACAGCUCCCUACAUCGUCCCUCCCUGGGGCCCCCUUGACUCCGAGCGCCACCGCGAAGUGGUGCUGCGCUGGCUUGGGCGAAGAUGGAAUGUCCCCAACUGGAAAAGUUGCGCCCUCCCUGCCCGGGACUUUCCGCAGUCCCUUUCACCCAGUGUGUCGCAAAGCGACGCCAAAACCCCACAGGGAGAAUUCGGAGCCAGGGCUGAAUGA